UGUUAAUGCAUCCUGCCAGCAUCAUGGGGUGCAGGUCGAUCUUCAUUGCAUUACUAGCUCUGCUUGUUGGGUCCUACGUCCAGUCACAACCAUGUAUCUUAAUCACACCCAGCGUUCUACAUGUAGAAAGUGAAGAGACAAUUAUCAUUGAUGCUCAAAAAAUUAAAACCGAUUUCAUUGCAAACAUCGAGAUCAAAGAUUUCCCUCUCAAGAAAAGUUCAAUUGUUCAAACAUCGGUCUACAUUAAUGGAGCCAAUGCAUUUCUGGGGCAAAUUAAGAUAAAGAUUCCUUCUGCAAGUUUGAAAAUAGACACAACAAAGAAGAUGUAUGUCUAUGUAAAUCUACGCUCUAAUUUUUGUAACCUAGAAAAAGUUCUGUUAUUGUCAUUUCAAAGUGGGUACCUCUUCAUUCAGACCGAUAAAACUAUCUACACACCAGAAUCGCAAGUUCUGUAUAGAAUAUUUCCUACAAACUACAAGCUGCAGCCACUGAGAAAAUCUUUGACCUUUGAAAUUCUGACUCCAAGUAACGUUGCUGUGUUCAGAGAUUCUCGAGUACCUGACAGUAAUGGCAUCAUCUCCAUGAAUUACAAACUGCCGGAGAUUGUAGAAUUUGGAGCGUGGACCAUUUCAGCCAAUUAUGAUGACACUCCUCUGCAGAAUCACACCACAAACUUUGAGGUCAAGGAAUAUGUUCUGCCGACCUUUGAGGUCAAACUCCUACCAAGAAAUAAUUUUCUAUAUGUUGAUGAUGAAACGUUCGAAUUAGAAAUUACAGCCAGGUACCUAUAUGGGGAGCCUGUUUAUGGGAUGGCCUUUGUAUUAUUUGGGGUAAAGAAGAAUGAUGAAAAAACAGUUAUAACAAAAUCUCUACGCACUGACGAGAUUGUUGAUGGAAAAGGAAGUAGUGAAUUGAAAAGGGAAAACCUAGUUGAGAUUUUCAAAGAUCCUAAGGACAUGAAAAGUUAUCGUUUAUUUGUAACAGUCACGGUCAUUACCCAGUCAGGCACUGACUUGGUGGAAGCUGAGCUGGAUGACAUUUAUAUUGUGGAGUCGCCUUAUAAAGUUCUUUUCACCAAAACAUCAAAAUAUUUCAAGCCUGGGAUGAGCUUUGACCUGACGCUCUUUGUUUCAAACCCCGAUGGCUCUCCUGCAAGUAAUGUCCCUGUAGUGGUAAACUCAGGAGCAAUCAGUGGAGUAACUAGUGAUGACGGAACCACAAAGAUAAGAUUGAAUUCAGGGGCUAAUGAGAGAACAUUGCAAGUAACGGCAAGGACAACUCAUCGCGGUUUGCCACCAGCUCGUCAGGCAACUGCUACAAUGACAUUCACCGCUUAUAGUUCAUUGGCUGCAGCACCAAAUUAUCUGCUCAUUGGUGUUUCCAUAGAACGGGGAAACAUCCUUUUGAGUUUUACAAUCAACAACGAUCAGAACAGUUUUGAUUAUUUCACCUAUCUGAUCAUAAACAAGGGUCGGAUAGCGCUGGUAGGCAGGCAGUCACGUGGGCCUAGGCAGAACGUUGUCAGCAAGACCCUGAGUAUCUCAGAAGACUUCAUCCCAUCAUUCCGGAUUGUGGCAUAUUAUAUAGUGAAAAGUGGUAACGUUGAUGAGAUUGUUUCUGACUCUGUAUGGGUGAAGGCAUCUGACGGAUGCAUGGGAACGCUGAAGUUGGAAGCAAACAGCGAUCGGGAUAAGAUGAUCCAGUCUCCUGAUUCAACCAUGAGUAUUAAGGUGACAGCCGACCACAAGGCAUCUGUGGCAUUAGUAGCCGUGGACAAGGGAGUCUUUGUGUUAAACAAGAAAUUUAAACUCACACAGAGGAAGGUAUGGGACAAUGUAGACAGAUUUGACAUUGGCUGCACUCCGGGAGGCGGAGCUGACAGUGUGGGCGUGUUCUAUGAUGCGGGGCUGGCCUUGGAGACAAAUAUCCAAAUGACAACUCCUCAGAGAACAGAUGAGUUUUGUGAGGUCCCCAAGCAACGGAAACGUCGCUCAACUGCAGCAUUGAUCCAGGCUAAAACUGCCAAAGCCUCAAUUUAUAAAGGCCUGGAGAAGCAAUGUUGUUUGGAUGGGAUGAAGGAUAAUCCGAUGGGUCAGAGCUGUGAGCGGCGUUCAGCCUUUAUACAGGAAGAGAAGCCAUGUGUUGAUGCCUUCCUAGAUUGCUGCAACUAUAUGAAGAAAAAAAGAGAAAUUGAGAGGGAGCUGAAGGGGGAUGAUGUGUUGGCAAGAAGUAUUGAAAAUGAAGAUUAUUUUACAGAAAAUGAUAUAGACGUCAGAUCUGACUUUAGAGAGAGCUUCCUAUGGAAAGUAGAACAAAUGACAGAUAAACCCAACAUUGACAACCUUUCAUCAAAAGCAGUACGAGUAAAUCUGCCGAGUUCAAUUACAACAUGGGAGGUGCUGGCUGUGAGUGUAUCUGAAAAUAAAGGUAUCUGUGUAUCGCAGCCUUAUGACAUAUUGGUUAUGAAGAAGUUCUUUAUUGACCUACGCCUGCCAUAUUCUGUCGUGAGGAAUGAGCAAGUGGAGAUCCGAGCUGUAAUUUACAACUAUGCAUCUGCUGAUAUGAAAAUAAGGGUUCAGUUGACAUACAGUCCCAAGUUUUGCAGUCUUUCUACGUCUAGGAGAGCGUAUCAACAAGACGUGGAAGUUCGAUCGGCCUCCUCUAAUGUUGCAUCUUUUGUUAUCAUACCUCUCUUUCUUGGAUUGCAUGAUAUUGAAGUGAAAGCUGUUUUUAUCAAAGAUGGAAUAUCUGAUGGUGUCAGUAAGAAGCUAAAAGUUGUUCCGGAAGGAGUACGUCGAACUGUGGUUUUGAAAAACCUGAUUCUCGAUCCAAAAGGCAAGACUCAGAUGGAAGAUGUUCCAGCACUUACGGGAAGGAGCCUGGUCCCAGAUACAGAUGUUUUAACCCUUGUCACUUUCCAAGGGUCACCAAUUAGUGAAAUGUUGGAGGAUGCCAUUGAUGGCUCUAAGCUUGGUCAUCUUAUAAUUGCACCAGGGGGUUGUGGAGAGCAGAAUAUGGUGAAAAUGACUAAAUGUGUGAUAGUAACACGUUACUUGGAUGCAACUGGACAGUGGGAUCGAGUAGGCAUAGACCGCAGAAAGAAAGCUCUUGACUAUAUUAAAAAAGGAUAUACAACUGAACAGGUGUAUCGUAAAGAUGACGGCUCGUAUGCGAUCUUCAAAAAAUCUCCAUCCAGUACAUGGCUGACAGCGUACGUUGUCAAAGUGUUUGCAAUGGCUUCUGAAGUGGUGUACAUUGAUAAAGGUGUCCUUUGUGGUUCUGUUCGUUGGCUCAUACUGAACAGACAAAAGCCAGAUGGUCUGUUUAGAGAUGAAACAGUUGUCUCAGAACAAUACUUGACAGGUGGAUUACAGGGGUCAACAGAUCCCGAGUCGGCACUCACAGCUUUUGUCCUGAUUGCUAUGCUGGAGAGUAAAGGGAUAUGUGCAAGUGAAGUCAAUAAUCUGCAGUUUGCCAUUAAUCAGGCAUCAAACUUCCUUUUGUCUCGAUACACUUCUCUAAGGAGUCCGUACUCCGUUGCUAUCACAUCUUACGCACUCGCCUUGGCUGGAAGAUUGGACAAUGCAAAUGCUCUCCUGUCUGCAUCCACAGAUAAAACCCACUGGGUUCAACCUAAUUCUGAUUUAGUCACACUUGAAGCCACAGGCUAUGCCCUACUGGCCCUUCUGCAGCUGAAGCAGUUUCAUUUGACAGAUGCCAUCGUUCAAUGGAUCAAUGAGAGAAGAUUUUACGGUGUACCAUACAGCUCAACCCAAGAAACUAUAAUAAUGCUUCAGGCUCUGUCUGAGUAUCAGAAAGUCUUCCCACCUCCUGAAGAUUUGAGCCUUGAUGUCACCUUCACUCUUCCUGGAAGAUCCCAACAGACAACUUAUCGUGUAAAUAAGAAUAAUGCCCUGCUGUCCCGUUCUGACGAGUCUAAAUUAAAUGGAGACUUUCGGGUGAAGGCAACAGGGAAAGGACAAGCAACUAUGUUGGUGACCGCCGUGUAUUAUGAGAUUACUACUGAGAAGGAAAAGGAGUGCAAUACGUUUUUCCUUUCAGUGAAAACAGAAAAAGAUGAGGAGGCCAAUCUGCCGAAAGGUGCUGAGCAAGCUUUAUCUGUCAACAUCUGCUAUAGGCACUUGAAACAAAUUCCUGCUACAAUGUCCAUUCUAGAUAUAUCUAUGUUGACUGGCUUCUCUCCUGAUGUUACUUCACUAAACCGGCUAAUGGACGGAGUGGACAAAUAUAUCUCACGGUAUGAACUUGACAAAGGAGUCGUGGAUAAGAGCAAUCUUCUUAUCUACCUAAAGGGGGUCUCACACACGGAGAAUACUUGCAUUAAGAUUAGACUCUUUCAACAAUUUAAAGUUGGACUUAUCCAGCCUGGGUCUGUUACUCUGUAUGACUACUACAAUCCCAAAAGUCGUUGCACUAAGUUCUACCAUGUUGAUGAAGACAGCAAACUCUUUGGGAAGAUCUGUAAGGGCGACGAGUGCCGCUGUGCUGAGGGUAAUUGUGUUAAGCAGCAGAAGGUGACAGAGGAGAUCACAGCUCUUUACCGAUACGAACAAGCAUGUGCUGUUGGUGUGGACUAUGUGUAUAAGGCAACUCCUGAGGAGGUUAAAACCCAAGACAACUUUAACACUUAUGUGAUGAAAAUUCUGGAAAUCUUUAAAGCAGGAACAGACAUUGUGGAGCCAGAAGAUAAGCGAGAUUUCAUUAGCCAUGUUAAAUGUAAAGAUCUCUUAGAUUUGAAGACUGGAAAAAAUUAUCUAAUGUGGGGUGUUUCAGCUGACCUUUGGCAAACAAAGUCUGGAUACAACUACUUCAUUGGCAAUGAAACAUGGGUGGAGUGGUGGCCAACGGAUAUAGAAUGUCAGGAUAGAAAGAACCAAAAGCAAUGUGAUGACUAUUUCGAACUGUCUGAAACGUUAACUGACUUUGGCUGUUCAUCAUGAAGAACCAGGAGUGUUUCUCUUUCAUAGCAAGCAAAAUUAUUGCUAUUCAUCCUUCCCUAUCUAUGUCAUGUUUUAAUUUUGUAUGCUAUUAAAAACGGAUGCCUGA